ACAUUUAAAUCAACCUCCACUGAUUUGCUAACCGUACAAAUGAAAAAUAUUUUUUGUGUAUUUCAUUUAUUCACCAAACAAAGUUCAAAAACAUUGAAAUUAAAUUAAAUUAAAAGUCUUGUUUGAUAUUAAACAAAAUGGGAAAGGUGGAAGAAAUUGUUUUGUCCGAGGGCGAAUUAGAUUGGAUUCAAAUGCGAAAAGAUUUCGAGUCUCUGCGUCCGGAAACAACAAGAGAGAAAAUGAUCCGUAAAAUCAAAUCAAAUCCAGUUGUUCCAAUUGGAUGUCUAGCAACGGCAGGAGCCUUAGGCUAUGGCCUUUAUAACUUCCGAACCGGCAAUCGAAAGAUGUCUCAAAUGAUGAUGCGUACUCGAAUUGGUGCCCAGGCAUUUACCCUGGUUGCCCUUAUCACUGGUGUAGUUUUAACUUAUAAAAAAGAGUAAAACUAUGUGAAUGUUUUGAAUAAAGUCAUUUGUUACUAGUUUAAAUAAGA